AGUACUCAUAGCUCAGCGCCAUAGUUAUUUGUUUAUGCGCCGAGCAACAGCCUCGUCAGAAACGGAGAAUGAUCAAAGUGGAGAAGAACUAUACGCCCUUUCGACAGUUCGAUACGUACGAUGUUGUCGAUUUCGAAGAACAAUCAACAUUCAAUGGAGAAUCCUCCCAAAGAAACUUGAGAUGUUCUUGUUCCUGUCAGGAAACCGAAAAGUCUUCUUACCAAUCGAACAGUUUAGGUCGCCGUAUUCCUCGUUCAUCCACCUUCUCUCACCACAUAUCAAACAAUUCGCUAAUGUUUAGAAUGGCUAAAAGCAAUGCCAUGCCUACAUCGUCAAGCUCUUUCGAUCAACUACCAACUAGACGCUAUAGUUUUCAUAAUGCGCAAAGGGAGUCAACACCUGCGUAUUUAGUCGUUGCAGAUAGCAUGUUAGCUAUCGACGCUACAUUGGAAUUAUCUCAGGAGGAGAAAGUCUCGUAUACCAGGGACUGGUGUGUUGUUGAAAAAAAUUGCGCCUUUAAUCUUGAACGACCUUUGGAGGAUCAUGAAAAUCUCUGUAAAGUCAGAUCGUCUUGGUCAAAGUCGGAAAAUAAUAAAUUUUUAUUUAAAAAGGAUCCUAGGAGAUACGCUCUCUUCCAACAAGGUGUUACAUACUUCCCAGAUUCUAUGCUUGAUAUGCGUUUCACGGUCGGCCACGCCCAACCAACGGCAAAUUUCUCUGAUUUAGCAGAGGCCGAGAAAACCAAGGUCAGCCAAUCUCUGCUAAAUGCAGCACCAAAUAUGCCUGAUAUACAAGGUUACUUGUACUUUAAGAAUGGGCGGUCAAAGUGGAAAAAGUAUUUUUUCGUGCUGAGACCAUCAGGCCUAUACUAUUCCAUGAAAAGCAAUUCCAAAGAACCAAGGCACUUGGUUUUAGUAAAUUUAAGCGAAUAUGAAAUUCAUAUGGCAAACAAUGCUAAAAAAACUCUCGAUUCUCACAAUGAUUACUGCCUCGUCUUAAAAAAACGUAGUGAUAAUGAUAUUGGCCAGUGGCUACAACUUUGUGCUGAGGAGGAAAGCUCCAGGCAAAAGUGGCAUAUGGCCUUGCGGCUUGUCAAAUAUGGAAAACAGUUGAACGACGACUACGAGGCAGCAGUUGUUCGAGAAGGUAAAAUUCAAUCAAAACCUUCCUACGGCAGGGCCAACACUGAUAUGGUAGCUAUGGACUUUACCGGCUCAUCCGGGGGGCGAGUUAUUGACGACCCCUUCGAAGCAUUCGGCGUUGCAAUUGAAGAAGCGGCUGCCUGGAGACGGAGAGGCCGAGUGAAUAUGCCUCGUUCGUCACCAUCAUACUCUUCUAGAUCUCCUCUUACCUCUCCUGCCUCAUUGAUGCCACCUUCAAAUGCACAUAUGGCUUCUAAUUUGCAUCUGACACAGUCUUGGUUUUAUCAUAAUAUAACCAGGGAGGACGCAGAAAGCCUUUUAUUAUCAAAUGGGGCUGGAAUUGAUGGGUUCUUCUUAAUCAGAGAAAGCAUGAGCAUUCCAGAUGUUCACGUCAUAUCCUUUGUUUUUAAAGGUCAAGUUAAGCACUGUAAAAUUCAUUUGGUAAGUAGAAUGAAACUUUAUUUUAACCCAGCUUUCGGAUAGUUUAUUUAUAUUUUCUGUCCCAUAAAUAGGUGGAAAAUGACGGAAAAUAUCAUUAUUCGAUUGAUCACGGAACAACUAAGUUUCAAGAUAUAAUACAAUUAGUCGACUUUUAUAGAGUUAAUAAAGGAGGAUUACCGACUACUCUAACGGAUUAUGUUGCCAAUUGCGUUAAACAGCUUUAGUAAAUUAUUUUUAUAUUUAAAAAAAACUUCUAGAUAAAUUGGAGAUGGAGAAGACUAGUGUUCAAAAAAUAAAAGACCCUCGUGUGCCAAUUGGGAGACACGCACAACGAAAAAAACUGUUACACACAAAAAAAACUGUUUACCUCUAAA